AGGAGGCGGGGGAUUGUUGCCUCCGACGCGUCAUCGCUUGCGCUGGCCGCUCAUUGAUUCGCCGGGAUUGAGAGGGAAAAGGAGGCGAAGGAGCGGGCGAGGCUGAGGAAGCUGAGCGGAGAAGCGACCGAGUGAGAGAGAGAGAGAGAGAGAGAGAGUGGGGGAAAGGCAGGAAUCUCCGAAGCCGACAGCUUAGCUGCCGUCAUGAGCUCUAGAAAAUACCCCGGACCCGGGCGCAGGAGGAGAAGAGAAAUUCUUUCCAAGAGGUUGACAACAAGAGAAGAGCUUGUGUUAGGUUGUCCAUUUUCUGAAAGUGAGAGAGCUUCAAAAUCAGAAGACAGCAUUAGGAAAGACAAAAUCAUCCAACAACUACAAUCAGAGGUUGAAGAACUGCGAACAAAAAAUAUUGAGUUGGAGAAGUAUGUUACAAAAAUACUUGAUAGUAAGAAAGAAGUAACAACUCAAGUGGGUGACUUGGCAAGUAAGAAUGAAUAUCUCUGUAAAGAACUCGCUCAUGUAGACAAGUUAGCAGAACAGCUGGAAAAAGAAAAAGAAUUUGUGUUGGAUAGUGCAGACCAGGAAAUUGCAGAAGCCAAGUCUCAGAUUAAAUGCCAACAAAAUACUAUACGGAAAUUGGAACAUAAAAUCAGCGCCCUUAGCUCUCCUUCCUCAAACAUUGAAAUAUCACAGGAGAGGCGUCCCUCAAGGCUUGACAAUUCUAUCAAGUCAGCAGAAGAAGACAGAUAUCAAUUGAAGAAAAUGCUUCGAAAUACGUCAAGUCCUAGGCGCAGCUCCACUCAUUCUGUUUCAAAGGAGCUUUCCCCCAUCCGGGGAUGUAAAUCUGAUCCAGAAUUUCAGCAAAUGUUGAGAGACCGUGAUGAAUAUAAGACAAUGCUGGAAAGAUAUGAACGUCACAUGGCAGAAGUUCAAGGCAACAUCAAGGUUCUCACAGCGGAAAGAGACAAAGUUAUUGAACUUUAUGAUCAGGCCCAGGAAGAAAUAAGUCAACUACGAAAAGAAGCUAUGAAAAUCCCGAAAGCAUCCAAAACUGCGAUGACUGCACAGGCUGUUUUGAGGCGUGUGGAAACAGAAAGGGAUGCAGCUAUUUCUGAUUUCCGAAGGAUGUCCACUGAACGAGAUAGCUUGAGAGAGAGGUUGAAGAUUGCUCAAGAGACUGCAUUUAAUGAAAAAGCUCACCUGGAACAGAGAGUUGAGGAACUGGAGUUAAAUGUUCAGAGUCUUGACAAUGAGCGAUUAGAUCAAACAUCAAAGAUGGCUUUAAUGAAGGAGACAAUCGAGUCUCUAGAAAUGGAGAUGAAAAUAUUGGCAAAAAGAGCAGUAGAUUUUGAAAGUGAGCUAAACAGGCAAAAAGCAACUAAUGCUUCACUGAGCAUUAUGAAUGAAAAAAUGGAGCAAAACAUUUCAGAGGCCCAACGACAACUUUCAAAGAAAAAAUAUGAAUUACAGCUCAUUCAAGAUAAAAUUACGUGUCUAGAUGAAAAAAAUGAAAAGCUUUCAAAACAAAAUCUUGUUCAACAAGAAGAUAUUUGUACACUCAAUGACACAAUAACUGAACUAGAUACAGAAAAGGAUUCUUUACAUGAGCUUCUGGAAGAGAGAGCAGAUAAAGUUGCCUCCCUUGAAGAAAGCUUGGCCAUUAAAGAAAAGACCAUUUCAGAUUUGAAGUGCCUACUUUCUGAUAUGGAGCAAUCAACAAAGCAUUCUACUGAAGCACUCCGCAGGUGUGAACAGGAUAUUACCAAACUACAUCAACUUUUGGAUGAAUCUAAUAAUGAACUUGCUCAGACUAGUGAAGAGAAAGAAGGAUUAACUCGGGAGAAUGAUAAUCUACAAAAACAGCUUUAUGGCUUUAAGGAGGAGAAUCAGAUUCUGCAUCACAAACUCAGUGAAUGUCAGAGUGAACUUGAUAAUCUGAAGGCGAAAACUGAAGAUUGGCAUACAGAUAUUUCCAGACUGAAGAGCAUGCUGAAAUCUAAAGAAAAGGAGAAUCAAGAUCUUUUGGAUAACUACCAUAGGGCCAAUGAGCAAGCAGAAAAGUGGGAAUCCAAGUUCCAACAAAUGGAAGCAAAUUGUAGCUCUGCCCAACUGGAGCUCCUCAGUGCAGAAACAGAGAGCCGCAGACUAAAAGAACGAACAGAGGCUCUUGAAACAGAGAUGGGGCACCAAUUAGCAGCAGAAAAAGCCCACAAGUCACAGAUUUGUACAUUAAGUAAGUCUCUUAUGAAAAUGGAGGAGGAACUCCAUGAUGUACAACUGGAGAAAGUUUCUGUACUGUCAGAGUUGGCAUCAACUCGGGAACUGUGCAUAAAAUUGGACACUAGCAAAGAGUUAUUAGCCCGACAACUAAGCAACACAACACAGGAAAUAGAACGGCUGCAAAAUGAAUGGGAAUCGUCUCACUCCGAAACCGAACUCCUCAAAAAACAACUCACUAAUGAAAGAAUUUCAAUUAAAAACCUAGAAACGUUGUUAGCAUCCAACCGUGAAAAGGAAUAUCAAUCUCAGAUGAUAAGCCAAGAAAAGGAAUCUGAAAUACAGCUUCUUAAAGAGCAGCUUUCCCAGGCUGAAAACAAGAUUGCUACCCAGAGUCGAGAUUUUUCACAGCUCAAAAAUACAAUAACUCAACUGGAGUCUGAGUUAGAUAUCACCAAAAGGCAGCUGGGUACAGAACGCUUUGAAAGAGAGCGUGCUGUCCAAGAGCUUCGCCGCCAGAGUCUGGGAGCUCCAUACCAGUUAACUUCUACAAUAAGGACAUCAUCGCCUGAACGUUCUCGGCACCGGUCUUCUGACAAAUCUCUGGACAGAUCUUCGGAAAGUCAGCUCAAGAGAGGAAGGCAGACGGAUGAACUCGCAGAUGUGUGUGACGUUAGUACGGAAGAUACCCUAGAAGAUAAAAUCUGUAUGAAAUGUCUUUCUUUGGGGAUACAGCAUUAUACAUAUGAAUAAAAGUGUUUAUGCAAUCUAAAGU